GCACAUGUAAAAAUAACUCACAGAGUCAAAGCAGCCAGAAGAGACAACAGGUCAUAAUAACAAACGAGAGAAAAGACAUAAAAAUAUAAGCGUAUUUAGCGAUGCCAAUCAAGAAGCGGACAAAAUCAUCCAGCUCACCAAAGAGAAGUAAACGACGCCAAUCAAACCAUGGAAAAAUCCAAAUGAAUGUUGCUGUCCUUGGUUCAAGUCGCUGUGGCAAGACAAGUGUAGUAAAGCGUUUCCUGAGCAAUUCGUACAGCGAUAAAUACAAUCCAACAUUAAUGGAUGUUUUCGAAGAGCAUUUCGUUCUGGAGCAAAACAAUGUUGGCGUGGAAUACAGAAUAUUCGAUGUUUCUGGAUCAGAUGACUUCCCAGCGAUGAAACAACUUGCAGUCGACUCGGCUGAUACAUUUGUGAUUGUCUACGCUGUGGAUGAUCGAAAAUCAUUCGAGGAUGCAAAGAAAGUGAAAAUGGAAAUUAUGAAAGUCAAAGGAGACGUAAAUGGAUCAAUCUUACUCGUAGCAAAUAAAUGCGACGUUGACGAUAAUCGUAGAGUUGUGAGCUCCGAGGAAGGAAAGAUACUGUCAAUAGAAUGGGAUUGCUUCUUUGUAGAGUGCUCGGCUAAAAGCGCAGAGAACAUUGAAAGUUUAUUCAUACAACCAACGAUGAACACGUUAAAACAGAAAUACCCAGAACUUAUUAUCUCGAAACACAGCUGUCCUGAUGUUACCACAGCUAGUUAAUCAUUAACCAUUGUGAAAAUGGGAACAAUUUAUAUGUAAAUAUUGUAGAAUAUGUUUAUACUUAAAGUGUUUCAACAACACUACAAUUACAUGUCGAAACUCAGAAUUGAAAUGUGUGUUUGACAAGAGCGACUUUUCCAGUGUUGACAGGCGAUUUUCUCAUACUUCAAUGGUAAUCAAGUAUACCUUUCCUCAAUUUUAUCAUUUUAUUAUCCUAAUUAUUCAUUAUUUUAAAGCCAAUAUCAUUAAAUGCACAUGCUAGUUAACAAAAUAAAUAUCAUAUACCCGAUGCUAA